AUGAGCCCCAGCGCAAUGCCACCAUCAGCACCAUGCGACGGCAAGACGGUAGUUAUCACGGGCGCUGCCAACGGCCUAGGCCAAGCAGUAGCCAUCGCCUUCGUCGCAGCGGGAGCAGAUCGCAUCGCUAUAAUGGACAGCUUCAAUUCCAGCUUCUCAGAGACCCUUGAACGAGCUUCCGCGGCCGCUAUCGAGGCCGGGAGACCAGCGCCGGAGCUAUCUUCUUUACAGCUCGACGUGGGUGAUCCCGCUAGUCUCGAGAAUGGGGUUAACCAGAUCCACUCACGAUGGGGACAUGUCGAUGUUCUGAUCAACACGAUAUCUCAGGUACAACCGUUUGAAACCAGCGAUACUGACGCGUGGUGGAAGACUUGGGAGAUGAAUGUCAAAGAAGCAUUGGUGGUCGCGCGCACUUUGCUGCCGCUGCUGUUAAAGGGAACCGACAAGACUAUUGUCUAUGUCAUUCCGCCCAGCUCUUCCCCCCAAUCCCCAUCUACCUCGCAUUAUCUGUCCGAGUUAGCAAUGAUGCGUCUCUCCGAGGAUCUGACCCUCGAGCACGGGAACGACGGACUGUUGGCAUAUUCACUACAGCCUGGCUCUCAGGAAAAACAAACCCAGGAAUCAGAUUCAGUCAAACGGAAAGUGGCCAGCGAAACCUUAGUCUACCUGAUCAGCGAACGGCGUGAGUGGCUAGCUGGCAGACACGUCAACUGCAGCGAGGAUAUGCGGGGAGUUAUCUCUCGUAAUAAUUACUGGGAUGCGGAUGAUUUCCUGGAGCUUGGAACGUCUGUUAAUAAGAUGCCUGUGGCUUCUGGGAAGACCAGGGGCCGUGUGUCGAGGAGUAGCUACUGA